UAAAUAAAAACUAAAUAAAAAGUCAGAUAUGAUGACGAAGACUGUGACUAAUAUAACGGACACGUUAGUCAACGAAUAAAAAUAAGACGAACAUAUUAGGGAGGGACGAAUGGAGAAGAGAUCCCAUCAGAAUUACUUUUUUUGUGUGACAAGUUGGGAAGAAAUCCAAUCAAAAGUUAGUUGCCAACCGCCAUAAAGAAGAAGAAGAAAAAGUCCAAUCAGAGCGAGUCUCGUAGAAGCAGCCUUUUUGCAGCAGUCAUUUCAAAGGGCGGCAAAUGACUUAAAGAAUUAGCCUAAAGAAAUGUCAGAACUGGGAAGAAAAAGAAGAAUUGAUAUCUGGUCACACUUUACUUAUCAUACUAAUGAAAACAAGACCACCUGCCAGCCGUGUGGAGCCAAAAUAACUGGAAAAAACACGACAAAUUUGAAACGACUUUUGCAGUCGGUGCAUCCAGAGAUACAUGCGAAGGUAAGCAUACACGUUAUUUUAUCACAUAAACCACUGUGUUUGCGCUAAACUUGGAAUAAAAUAGAAGCUAAAUUAAACCACCAGAAUUCACGUGGAUGUGUUGUUAGCUAUUUUUUUACAGUCUAUGGUUGUUAGCCUAGAAGCUAUCAUGAGCUUCGGUUCGCUAGGCAAAACAUAAAAAGUUUGUUUUGGGGCACUGAUGGCAGUCAGGAUUAUCUCUAACUAGCCAGCUAUAAGAUAGUAUUGUUCAGUCCAUGUCUAUAACAUGCUUUAAUUGCUACUUGGAUAAUUUCAGUGAAUGUUUUUAAGGUAAGAUGAACGAUAAGAUCAUUAACCUUUACUGUGAUGGAAUAAAAUAGAGGGGGGGGAAAAACAGAAUUCAUGUGGAUGUCUUGUGAGCCUAGAAGCUAAUAUGCUUCGGUUCCUUCCGUUCGCUAGGCAAAACGUUAACAUAAAAGGUUCGUUUUGAGGCACUGAUGACAGUCAGGAUUAUCUCUAACUAGCCAGCUAAUAUUGUUCAUUUCAAGUCUAUAACAUGCUUUAAUUGCUACCUGGAUAAUUUCAGCGAAUAUUAUUAAGGUAAAAGGUGAACUAUAAGGUCAUUAAGCGUUACUGUUCAGUGGGAUGUUGGUUACUAACGGCAUCGUUUACGAGCCCGCUAGUUUAACACAAUCUCCGUGGAAACUAGACUUGAUUACUUGAUUCACAACUUGAUUCUCCCUUUAUUCUCCCUCACAGAUACAGAAGACGUCUGAUGACCAUGGGCCAAGGGGAAAUAAAGCUAGUGCUGCUAGUGCAAGUUCAACCCAGCAGCAGACUAUCUCUACAGCUUUCCAAAGUUCUUCAAAGUACAAAAUGGAAUCAAAGGAGCAACAGACCAAGGAGCAGGCCAUAGCCAGAUGGAUUGGACGCACAGGUUUACCACUCACAACAAUUGAAGACGAGGACUUUGUGCAAAUGAUGGAGAUAGUAGAUAGGAGACUAGCAAUUCCAAAGAAAACUAAAAUUAGCAAUUUGAUUGAAACACAAUAUGAACAUGAAAGACAAAAAUUCAAACAGAGACUGGCUGCUGCCCGGAGAGUAUCCAUUGGCCUUGACUUGUGGACAAAAAAAGGACUGACCGCCUCAUUCCUUGCUAUUAGCGCAUGCUACUUUUGUGUUGAACAAAUCAAACCUGCACACAUAUUGUUGGCCCUUGAACAAGUAGCUCACCCACACACUGCACUGUCUAUUAAGGCAUGUGUGGACGAAUGUAUACAAGAGUGGGCCAUACCGAAGGAGAAGAUCCUGACGGUAAUAACGGACAAUGGAAGUAACAUGGUGGCAGCCUUUAAAAACACCACAGCAGAAGAAACCAGCUCUGAGGCUGACUCCCCUGGGUCCGAAACCGCGAUGGAAAGUGACUCUGAAAUUGAUGACCAGCGGUACCAUCAUGUCGACAUGGAAAUGGCCCGGACGCCGUGCGUGGUGCAUACCAUACAACUUGUGGUCCACAUGUUGCAGAAAGAAACAACUGUCAAAAGAGUCCUCGAUAAAGCAAGGUCUGUGGUGAAGCUCUUUCGCAAGUCCUCAGUUGCAACACAGAGGCUACUAGACCAGUGUGGUGUCAUUGUUGUAAAUGACUGCCCCACACGCUGGUCAAGCACAUUCAACAUGGUCACACGACUCCUCACAGUCAAAGAUACUGUCUGUCAAAUCACAAAUGACAUGGGAUGGGACAGUUUGCUUACUAGUGAGUGGCAAAAGCUUUCAUCAUUGCGUGACCUACUGCUUCCUUUUGCAGAACACACUAAAACCCUCCAGAGUGACACCACAUCUAUGUCCCUAGUGGUUCCUGCCCUCUUUGAUCUGCUGAGCCACCUAGCUGACUUUGCAGAGAACAGCCGGUACAGAGACCUCGCCACUCUUGCAGAGAAAAUGAGAUCAAAUCUGAACCUGCGUUUUGCUUGCCUCUUGGAUCCAACCGAUGAAAAGUUCUCACCACUUGCAGCAGCUGCCUGCUUUGUCAACCCAACUGUCUGUGAAAUCCUUGUUAAUGUUGAUGUAGCUGAUGGAAAUAUCCAGGAACUGCUGAAACAGGCAGAAGACUAUGUGGUCAAAUGCACUUUCCUCCCACACACAAGACAGGAGGACCACCAGUCUGACGAUGAUGCAGAAGAAGUCAUUGAGGAACCAGAACCAGCGCCAUCUUCAAAGCAGCCGGUGUUUAGGUUCCUCUCAAAAUGCCGCACCACAAGACCUAAACAGAAAACCUCCACAACCAGCGUCAGGCAGCAGAUCAUUAAGUACAAGGAAGAACUUUCACAUCCCAUCACUGAGGACACAGGAACAGACUUCUGGCUGGAAAAGAGUGACAGUUUUUAUCACAGUUUAAAACCUUUUGCUUUGGACUUGUUGGCUAUGCCAGCUUCUCAAGCUUUUGCAGAGAGAGUAUUCAGCAUCACAGGUGACCUCACAAGAGGACGGCGCAACAGAGGAAGGGUCAGCUUGGAGCGAAGUGCUUUCCUUAAAAUGAACAGAAACAAAUAGAACUGUUGUAUUCACUGCUAUUUACAGCAUUACAGCUGUAGCAGUAUAUGCACAACUUAGAGUUUCCGGUCUGGUAUUUGUUUUGUUUUUUGUUUAAUAUGAGAGCAGAGAGAUUUUUCUUGUUCCAUGCAAUAAUGGCAUUACAGCUGAGCAUGUAAUUCACUUGUCUUGAGUUGAGCUCCUUGAUACUAGCUCAUUGAUACUACUUCGAAUUAUUAACAGAAGAAUAUUUUGUUUUGUGUGCAAUGACAUUUCAACCAAUGCAUAUUUUCUUUUAGGCUACAUAUGUUUUGUUUUUCCUUUUCAAAUCUAAGUGAUUUUGCUCACAAUGCACAGAGUAAUAGUUGAUGACUAAGAAGAUGAUGCUUAGUUACAGAGUUGUGUGCUUUUUAGUUUAAUGUGAUAUUUACCUGUAUUUUAAAUGCUGAGACAGCACAGCAGGGUGUUUUUUUUUUUCAUUUACUUGAACAUUAAGGAGUAUUACAGCCAAUACAUCUUUUAUUCUACUUUUGAGAAUUCUUGUUGAUUUUGUAAGGCAUUGUAGCCUAACAGUAAUUUAAGUUAUCUUGAGGUACAGUACGUGAACGUUAUCAGUAGUGCAUUUUCUGUAUCUACCUUGUGCAAUGGCAUUACAACCAAUAGUUGUAUUAUUAUUUUUGAGAAUUGCACUUUAUUUAUUUGUUUAUUUUUUUUGAGUUAGGUGAUUUAUUCUUUCAAGAUGAAAGACAAUAUUAUUGAAAUAGAUGUCAUAUGCAAUACAUAUCAUUCAAGGAGAAUGCAUAUCUUUUUCAGGGAGCAUGUAUAUUUUUCAGGGAGAGCAGGCCUUAUGCUAACUUUAUUUGAGAUUAUCUUUUGUGAAAAAGCCAUGGUCAGUGUUUUUGACAUUAAAAGUAAAAUAAAAUACAUGUUUUGUUCUGUUAAA